AUGAGCUUGCAUGGACUCGGCGUGAUUGGGGCCCAGGUGGCCGCAUCCAUCAAAGGCAACGACGACAAGCCCGCCACACCUAAGACCAACUCUUCUCGAUUCUCCAUCACCUCCUCACCCGGUGCCCAUAGCCCGGAUUUUGAUCCCUCUGUCGGUGCCAAGCCAUGCUCACCGUUCUACCGUCAUGGAAGCCCUACGAUCUCAUAUGAGCAACUGACACACGAGACCAAGAACAAUCGCAAUCACAGCCAGCUGCGAGAUUUGGAGAAUGCUGGCCCAUACUCCAUUUAUCGCAACGAAAGUCCUCGGAGAUCCAAAUUGUGGACGGAAGAGAAUAAACCGCAGACAUGGCUGCAGUCAUUGACUCAUAAGCAACGAUUGGCCCUCAAGGCCGUCGUGGCCGUGGUCACUAUUGGUACGAUGAUCGCGAUCGCGCUGGGAAUCACUGCCGCCGUCGGGGGAGCCGGCUGGAAGUCCAGCACGAGCAAAACUACGCAGGGCCAAUGA